AUGAGAACCUUCCGGCUUUUCGUUUUCACCUUUCUUCUCGUUUCCUCCAGCGCGAACAUCGUUCAACAGGAACACAAUGACACGGUGAGUGGACGGAUUCUGACCCGAAUCUCGAGUGGAUCCGGUGGUGUUCCAGGAACGGGCGGAACAACUAAAAGAACUUCUCGGAAUCCCGCUGCCGACCCUCAAAAUCCCGGAUCUCCCGGACAGCCUGGUCCCGUCGGUUGGUACAAAAACAGCUUUCACCCGCAUACCCUCCCGUUUUCCUUCUCCCUUUUCGCUUUUCCGUGUGCUUUUUUCCUCAUUUUUCUCAGAUUCGAAAUAAGAUAUCAAAGGCCGACUCGCCAAAAAACAAAGAGAAUGAGGUGAGUGAAAAGUGAAAGUGACGUUGAGAAUAUUUUGGAGAGAAUGGGCAGAAACUCAAGCCGAAUAGCUUGGGAAUUGCUCUGUCGACAGUCAAGAUUCCUAUCCCGAUCCCGACAGUGAGCAAAUAUGGGGAAGUCACGAGUACAUCUUGAACAUUUAAUUCAGAUCAAACUGCCUGAUCUGAUCCCAACUGCACUUCCAAAGAUCAUCCUCCCAACUCUUCCACCUAUCAAACUUCCAACUGUAACCCUGUGCUCCCAAUCUCGUUUUAUUUCCCUCCUUUCAGAUCCCCAACAUUCUGCCAACUGCUCCUCCGAAUAUCGCUCAGGUGAUGCUCUCGUCCGCUUCUGCCCUUCACCACGUGUCGCUUCUGAACUCUGUGUACUCCCUCAUCCCUUUCAGCUUGCUUAAUUUUAGGAGGACACUCCUGACACACCGUACACUCUACCAUACCCACUUCCCGUGAGUUUACAACCAAAAGAAAGUACCAAUGUUUCCUAUUUUCAGAGUGACGUAGUGCCCAUUCCCUUUUUAGUGAGUUAUACACUCAUCAGCCCAUCACACGUUGAUUCUUUUUUUCUUACAGGCUAAUGAGACGACUCCGUCAGUGAGUUCCCGCACCGCCGUUUCCCUUCUGUUCCCCCGCGUGUCCGAUUUCCCCGUGAUCCGUGUUGAACCGAACGUUCUGCAGGGAGGAAAUCUCGUCUGUGAUAUCUGCGAAAACACGGUGGUCAUCGUCAAAUCGAGGUUCCAGCUGGUUGAGAAGGCCGUGCGGAACCAGGUGAACGUCAUUCUCACGGUAAGACUCUCCCGCCACGCGCUCUGAGAAACAAAUGUUCAGAACGUAUGCACGAUCAUCAGCAAAGUCGAGGCACUGUCCAUUUUCGGAGCUCCGUGUAAUUAUUUGAAGUCGAACCUGAUUGACAAGGCAUUCAAGACGCUCGACGAUUGGGAGAAUACAGUAACCCCGAAGGGCGUCUGCCGAACCCUUCCCUUCUGUAAAUGA